UGGUUCAGGCGCAGGAGGAAGUGUUUUGCUGGAGGAUGAUGACAGAGGUCAGGCUUCGCUAAUGGGCCAGUGAGGAGCGGUGGAUGCGAGGCCGGGCGCCGGCACACACACAUUAACACACUUGAGCCAUCACCAAUCAGCAUAGGGAUCUGAGAAUUGCUCUCACAUACCAAACCAGCAGCGUCCUUGGAGUAAACUCUCGCCAGCAACUCCUUUAAAAUACCGUCAUUUCAAACCGUUGUGGUCUUUAAGCAACAAGAGAAAACAAACAAACAAACAAACAAAACCCAACCAAACAAAACUCUUGACAGGAGCUUUGACGAGAGAGGAUGCCUCAGAAAGGGCGAAGACUUUAACUAGGGGUGUGCAGAUGUGUGAGACCUUUUAUUGUGAGAGUGGACAGACAUCCCAGAUUUCAGAGCCCCAUAUUCGAGCCCCGUGGGAUACCGCGGCCCCCAGCCUGCGCCAGCAUGCAGAACAGUCACAGCGGAGUGAAUCAGCUCGGUGGUGUCUUUGUCAACGGGCGGCCACUGCCGGACUCCACCCGGCAGAAGAUCGUAGAGCUAGCUCACAGCGGGGCCCGGCCGUGCGACAUUUCCCGAAUUCUGCAGACCCAUGCAGAUGCAAAAGUCCAAGUGCUGGACAAUCAAAACGUGUCCAACGGAUGUGUGAGUAAAAUUCUGGGCAGGUAUUACGAGACUGGCUCCAUCAGACCCAGGGCAAUCGGUGGUAGUAAACCGAGAGUAGCGACUCCAGAAGUUGUAAGCAAAAUAGCCCAGUAUAAGCGGGAGUGCCCGUCCAUCUUUGCUUGGGAAAUCCGAGACAGAUUACUGUCCGAGGGGGUCUGUACCAACGAUAACAUACCAAGUGUGUCAUCAAUAAACAGAGUUCUUCGCAACCUGGCUAGCGAAAAGCAACAGAUGGGUGCAGACGGCAUGUAUGAUAAACUAAGGAUGUUGAACGGGCAGACCGGAAGCUGGGGCACCCGCCCGGGUUGGUAUCCGGGGACAUCGGUGCCAGGGCAACCUACUCAAGAUGGCUGCCAGCAACAGGAAGGAGGGGGAGAGAAUACCAACUCCAUCAGUUCCAAUGGAGAAGAUUCAGAUGAGGCCCAAAUGCGACUUCAGCUGAAGCGGAAGCUGCAAAGAAAUAGAACAUCCUUUACCCAAGAGCAAAUUGAGGCCCUGGAGAAAGAGUUUGAGAGAACCCAUUAUCCAGAUGUGUUUGCCCGAGAAAGACUAGCGGCCAAAAUAGAUCUACCUGAAGCGAGAAUACAGGUCUGGUUUUCUAAUCGAAGGGCCAAAUGGAGAAGAGAAGAAAAGCUGAGGAAUCAGAGAAGACAGGCCAGCAACACACCUAGUCAUAUUCCGAUCAGCAGUAGUUUCAGCACCAGUGUCUACCAACCAAUCCCACAACCCACCACACCUGUUUCCUCCUUCACGUCUGGCUCCAUGUUGGGCCGAACAGACACAGCCCUCACAAACACAUACAGUGCUUUGCCGCCCAUGCCCAGCUUCACCAUGGCAAAUAACCUGCCUAUGCAACCCCCAGUCCCCAGCCAGACCUCCGCGUACUCCUGCAUGCUGCCCACCAGCCCUUCGGUGAACGGGCGGAGUUACGACACCUACACGCCCCCACAUAUGCAGACACACAUGAACAGUCAGCCAAUGGGCACCUCGGGCACCACUUCCACAGGACUCAUUUCCCCUGGUGUGUCAGUUCCAGUUCAAGUUCCUGGAAGUGAACCUGAUAUGUCUCAAUAUUGGCCAAGAUUACAGUAAAAAAAAAAAACAAUCAAAAAACAAACAAACAAAAGGAAAGGAUAUAUUGUGUUAAUUCAGUCAAUGACUAUGUGGACACAGCAGUUGGACGUUCAGGAAGGAAAGAAAAAUGGCUGUUAGAAGCACUUCAGUUCUGCAAUUGUGUCCUGUGUUGAACCACUGGGGAAUGGACUUGAAACAAGGACCUUUGUAUACAGAAGGCACGAUAUCAGUUGGAACAAAUCUUCAUUUUGGUAUCCAAACUUUUAUUCAUUUUGGUGUAUUAUUUGUAAAUGGGCAUUUGUAUGUUAUAAUGAAAAAAAGAACAACGUAGACUGGAUGGAUGUUUGAUCUCUGUUGGUCAUGAAGUUGUUUUAAAAAAAAAAGGAAAUCAUGAUCAACAAGCUUUGCCACGAAUUUGAGUUUUAUCAAGAUAUAUCGAAUACUUCUACCCAUCUGUUCAUAGUUUAUGGACUGAUGUUCCACGUUUGUAUCAUUCCUUUGCAUAUAAUUAAACCUGGAACAACAUGCACUAGAUUUAUGUAAGAAAUAUCUGUUGGUUUUCCAAAGGUUGUUAACAGAUGAAGUUUAUGUGCAAAAAAAGGGUAAGAUAUAAAUUCAAGGAAGAAAAAAGUUGAUAGCUAAAAGGUAGAGUGUGUCUUCGAUAUAAUCCAAUUUGUUUUAUGUCAAAAUGUAAGUAUUUGUCUUCCCUAGAAAUCCUCAGAAUGAUUUCUAUAAUAAAGUUAAUUUCAUUUAUAUUUGACAAGAAUACUCUAUAGAUGUUUUAUACACAUUUUCCUGCAAUCAUAAGUUUCUUCUUUGGCCAGCAAAAGUUAAUUGUUCUUAGAUGUAGUUGUAUUACUGUUCACAGUCCAAUCAUUUUGUGCAUCUAGAAUUCAUUCCUAAUCAAUUAAAAGUGCUUGCAAGAGUUUUAAACUUAA